UAGUCGAGCAGAAAGAGCUGCUUUUACAUGAAGCGGGAGUGAAGUAGUGACAUUAGAGGAAAGAAAAAAACUAAAGUAUCGAUCAUAUACCACUACCAACGUUUGGCUCGAUAUCUGCAUCGAUCUGCCCACCCUUGUCUCCUGGAUCGUAGCUGAGAUCAGCGUGAACCACGUGGGUCUCUGCUCCCUGAUCUGUUUGCUGUGUUUGGAAAGAGUUCCAGCUUCAUCACGGAGUUUCUCUCGGUUUGUGAGCUCAUCUAAAGCCAUUUGGACUCAGCUCAGCACUACAGAGGAAACAAUGACUUCAACACGAAAGGACCAACAUGGAGCGAGAAGUCAGCGCUCUCAGGAGGCCGACAAACCUCACAGAAGAAAGGGAGAGAAAAAAUACAGCUGUGAGUUGUGUGGAAAAUCUUUUACCCGGGCAGAACGCCUAAAAACACACCAAGUCAUCCACAGUGGAGUUAAACCUUACAUCUGUGAGUUGUGUGGAAAGUCUUUUACCCAGGACGGAAGCUUAAAAACACACCAAGUCAUCCACAGUGGAGUUAAAGCGUACAGCUGUGAUCACUGUGGUAAAGCCUUUGCUCGCAGUAGGUACUUACGAAUUCAUCAAGUUAUUCACUCUGGAAUCAAGCCAUACAGUUGUGACAUUUGUGGAAAAACUUUCACCCAGCCAGGGCACCGAAAUAUUCACCGGCGCAUUCACACCAAAAAUGAUGUUUACUGCUGUGAUCAGUGUGGAAAAGUCUUUGUGAAAUCCAAAGAUUUAGAGCGGCACAUGUUUACCCACACUGAGGAGAGACCUUACAAAUGUGACCUGUGUGAAAAGGCUUUUAAAGAGCCACGUUCCCUGAAAAAACACCAAAAGAUUCACACCAGAAAGAAACUCUACAAGUGCAGUUGCUGUGAGAAGCAGAGCGACACAGAUGGAUCCAGAUCUCGACCCUGUCGUCACUGUGGUGGUGGGAAAGACUUUCGCUGUGACCUUUGUGGAAAAAUGUUCAGUAAUCAAUGGAGCCUAAAAAUACAUCAACGUAGACACACUGGAGACAAAAUGAGCUACUGCAAAGAAUGUGGGAGAGGCUUCCCCACGCCAAGUCAAUUAAAAAACCAUGAACUCAUUCACAGUGGGGUCAAAAAGCACGUCUGUGACCAGUGCGGGUCAUCCUUCACCACUGCAGGUGACCUUAAAGUGCAUAAACGAGUCCACACAGGAGAGAAACCAUACAAGUGCAGACACUGUGACAGAAGCUUCUCGCAAUCAUCUGGUCGUAGCAAACAUGAACAAACACACUGGAAGAGAAUUUCAGCUGUGACCAGUAUGACAAGAGCUUCAGGAAUCUCAGUUCAUACUCCAAAUACAAACGAUCCCACGCUGUAAAUAAACUGCUUCACUGUUACCAAUGUGCAAAAACAUUCACUUCAUUAUCUGCUCUGAGCAAACAUCAGUGUGAGCAUGCAGAACUGAAAUCCCUGGAUCACAAAGAAUCUGAAGAGACAGAAAGAUCCUCUUCUGGUUUCAGGGUCAGACUUCAAAACCUUGAGAUCAGGCUCCACAGAGUUCAGGUGGAAUCUUCUGUAAAGAGUGUCAGCUGAUGUCAGAGUUGGAUAUGAUGAGGUAGCUCUGAUAUCUGGGCCUGCAGUGUAUAUAAUCCUGAAUGUUUCAUUCAGGAAGCUAGAGUAGAAUAGAAUCCCUUUAUUGUUAUUAUACAGAUGUACAAUAACAUACAGAGCAUCUCCCACUCAGUGCAAACAUGUAAGUAGGGGUUUACGGUUUCUGCAGUACUAUAUACCUAUUGGACAGUAUUUGCAGAAAACCAAAUAUAUAAAAAAAAAUGUCCAAAUAUAGAAUUGGUGGUUCAAAAGUUACAAUUUGGAUUAUUGAAAAGUAGUGGUUUAUAGAGGGAAUAAUGACCAUUUUAAAGAUUUUGAAACCUCUCGUUGCCUACUUUCACUUUAGUGUCUUUACGGUAUCCUUGAAGUCCACAUGUUGUUUGUUAUUGAAUGUAUUUUGAUUCACAUGUUCUGCAGCUGUUUUCUUGUUGAUUUGAAGUUUGUGUUACAAAAUCCUGAUACUGUUAAAGCAUUAGUUAUAUUUGAUGAGCUCUGUGUAGUUUGUUUUCUUAAACAGUUUGGUGUGAAAAAUAAAAUGUGUAG